GAAACAAAAAAAGCAUAUGAAGCACAAUGAAGAAAUACCACAUUUGUAAUUAAAAAGAACUAAUAAAACAGUGUGAAUGUAAACCUAAAGUAAUCAGUCAGAAAACUUGAGAAUUUUUUAAAACGAUCAUCGCCAUCAUUCCACCACAUAAUUUUCCAUUUUCAUCGAGCCCAUUUUGUAGCAAUACUGAAAUUUUAAUUCUUCAUUAUAAGUAGCAACAAAUCUGCCAACAAGCUCAAUAUGUUCAAAAUAGUGGGUAUGAGCCAUACAUUGGAUAAUAAGAAAGGCCUCCUCAGCCAUGGUGUCUGCUUCCUGGCAUUGUGUGUUGCAAGCCACGAUGGUGUAGGCCUUGGAGAGUGCGCUCUCGCGCUACCCCCUCGCCAGCCACGAACAUGGAAGUUGAAGACCCAACAGUGACUCCCGCAGAUGACUGUCGCCUGGUGCUGGGCUCGUCACAGAACACUACCGAAGCGGCUUCAACACUGACAGUCAGCGAAGACACUCCGGGGGUUUAUAUUAAAAGGUUCUGCCGGUGUGGUCUCCAAAGGCAGGCCUUCCCAGAUGUGGAAGCAGGUGACCCUGGCUUUAUCCAGGAGUCAAACGCCAAGAAGCGCAACCAGAAGCUGAUGGUCCUCAUCCUUACCGUUGCCUGCAUUGUAAACCUGGCUGUAACAGGCAUCGGCAUAGCCUACCUGCGGUUGCACUUUGCACAGGAGGAUAUCCUGUCCAUUGAUGUAGUGUCACCGGAUGCCAGGCGGGAUAAGGAAGAAGCUUCCAGUUUGUACAGCCACAUCAAAGCCAUGAUUAAAAGAAGAGCGCGGGCACCAACAAGUACAAAACAAACAUCAGCAACACCAGGCCACAGGCCAAGGCAUAGGUUAAGAACCCGGUGGACAUCCCGCUUCCACGUCGCCAACCUUCCGUGGUUCAGAAGCGGCACCACAAGCAUGGCACCGAAGAUUUUCAAAGCACCUUCUGGUUACUCCCUCGCAUGAGCUGUCGGAUAGCUUGCCCUCAGAACUGUGUGCUGCUGUCUUAGUUGAAUAUGGCUAGAUUGAGAAGCAAGCAUCAUUAAUCAGUGCUUGGGCU